UUAGAUGGGAAGAUGGAGAAUUCGGAUUCCAAGGAAGGAGAAGGAGCCUGUUGGAACGCCAUGGGAACCAACCUCGCCUCUGCCUUCUUAAACACCCUUGUCCGCUGCUCCUGCAUCAACCUCUCCACCGCCGACGACGACGACGACGACGAUCACGACACCUCUUAUCACACCUUCACCACCUCUAAAUCCACUUCCUCCUCUUCCAAUCCCCCUCCCAAUAACCCUCCUUCUUAUAAGAACGACGACGGAGGGGCAAUCGGUAAAAUAACACGCACCCUUGACAAUUGGUAUUGGUAUGUUCCAAUGUGUAUUCAGCUCUAUACAGUAUACAUAACUCAUUCCUUGUUUAGAUCCAGAUAGAUGAUUUAGUGUUUUCUUUUGUAUACACUAGUUCAUCUGAGAAAUUUGCUAUCAUUGUCAAUUAUACUUAUACUUGUGCACAGUUGUAGACAAUUGUUUAUUCUUUUAUACCAUGCUCAUUGCAAG